AUGCUCAAAAGUGUUUGCCGCCUGCACCACACUAGAUUCCCACCUGCCAUCGCCAGAUUUCCACAACGUUCAAAACCAGGUUUGCACACAAGUCGCCAGACAACAAUUCGCAUCUCAAACAUGGCGACCACAACUCUGCUAAAGAAAUGGUUCCCACACACUGAGGCGCCCGUAAUCAUCAGCGCCCCUAUGCUUGGCGCAGCAACUGGCGCCCUGGCCGCCCAGGUGACCAACGCCGGCGGGCUCGGGAUGAUCCCAGGCGGCUACGACGUAACGCCGGGCUCGACGCAGCUGGCCGAGCUCGACGCCGAGCUCAGCACCGCCCGCCAGAUCCUAGGCCUCCAAGACGCCGAGGGCCCGCUCCCCGUCGGCAUCGGCUUCAUCUGCUGCCACGAGAUCGUGGAUGCGCACUUUGGCGGCCGCGGCGUCGCAGACCUGGUGGCCCGGCACCGCCCCGCCGCCGUGUGGCUGUUUGCGCCCGAGCCCGAUGCCGGCUACGAGAAGCUGGUGCGCGCGGUCCGGGAAGCUGCUGCCGCUACCGCCGCGAGCUACGAGGUCAAGGUGUUUGCGCAGGUCGGCACAGUGGCCGACGCGCGGAGGGCCGUGUCAGCCGGUGUCGACGUCGUGGUUGCGCAGGGCGUCGACGCCGGCGGUCAUCAGUUCGCCGUCGGGAGUGGGAUCGUCGGCCUCGUGCCCGAGGUUAGGGAUAUGGUGGAUGAGGAAUUCCCCGGCAGGGACGUGGCUGUUGUGGCUGCGGGCGGUAUUGCGGACGGUAGGGGCGUUGCUGCUGCUUUGGCUCUUGGGGCUGAAGGUGCGGUUAUGGGGACAAGGUUCCUCGUAGCAGAUGAGGCCAAGACGGUCGAUUGGCAGAGGAAAAUAGUAUUAGAGACGCGAGAUGGUGGUCUCAAUACAAACAAAUCUGUAUUCCACGACCAGCUACGCGGCACCGACAGCCUGUGGCCCCCAUUCUACGACGGCCGCGCCAUCGUCACCGACUCUUACCGGGAUCACCGGGUCGGCGUGUCUCUCGAAGAGAACAAGAAGAGAUUCAAGCAAGCCAAGGAGGCAGGGGAUGACGCCUCCCGCGGCGUUGUCUGGUCCGGGUCGGCAGUUGGGUUGGUCAGGAAGAGCGGGCCGGCGGGCGACAUAGUCAAGCAGACGAGGGACGAGGCAAAGAAGAGGAUCAGGGCGGCACAGUCGUUCGCCUGA